AUGGGAGAUGCCCGAGAUUUACUUCAAAAAAUAAAGCAAGAAAGAACUGGAGUAAAACGGACGCGAAGUGACUCAAUUCAGGAAAAGAAAAAAGCAAAGCCUUCAUCAAAUGAUAGUUACGAGGAAAUUUCGCAGCUUCGAAUUCCCCGAGAACACAUUUCUCAAAAAAGGUUAGAGUCAUCAAACGAUGAAACUAUUGAAAAACAAUCCAAAUCCAGCUUACCAGAUGACUUUUUUGAUGAAUCCAUACCAAGAAAUGAAAAUCUUAUAAACAAGGAAUGGGUUGCUUUCCAAGAUGAAAUCAACAGCAUCGCACAGGAAGCCACACAAAAGGAGUCUCUGCUCCAGGAUGAAGAACUAAAGAAACAUGACGAGGAAGCUUAUUUGAAGGAUAAAGAAACUUCAAAUGGCCAUGCUUUGUUUAAUGAAGAGGAUACUAAUUUACGUCCUGAUGAUUAUGACGCUCUCUAUCUUGAAGACUCGAAUCAAGAUUAUAAACAGAAGCUCUCCUCAAUAAAAGAAUCCUUUCAGAGAAAACGAAAUGAACCUGUGGAAUCGGAAACAAAUGUUUCUGAUGAAGAAUUAGAGGGUUCAGUUAUAGACGAUAGUUCUUUGUGGGGAAUUCAAGAAAACACUUAA